UUCUAAAACCUUAAAAGUUAGCACGAAGUUGCAUUUAAUUUUAACCAAUCCGCAUCAAGAUUUUAUUUGUUAAAACUGUCGCGACCGGAACAGGAAAUCCGCGAAGCGGUAACCAAGGGCAAUACCCUGUCGACCACGACGCCGAAAUAAUAACACGAGCCUCUGCAAUGAAAUAGACCGUUGUCUGUAAAUUAGCAGGAUUUUAUUGACAGGAACGGAGACAGUCUUGCCAAAGAAGUAACAUCAUGGCAAUGAAAACAGUUCAAUUAAAUACGGCCACUAUAGGACCGGAAUCGUGGCGAAAUGCCUCCUUGAAGGCAAUCAAGCUGUCGCAGAAUAUCGUGGGACGGAGCGACAAAGCUUGCGAUUUGGGCAGGUCUAUGGACCCUGUCCCGCAACUGAGAGAUACUGUUGGACAACUUAGUAAUGAUGAAAUUCAUCGAUAUGUUAGAGAAACCCGCGUUGUGGUUGCCAAACUUAGAGAAAGCAUGUUGGAUACAAACGAAGAAAUUAAAAUGCUUACCAGAGGGAAGGAAGCGCUCGAAAAAGCCCUGGAACAUAAACGCAAAGACAUUAAACUAAACAGAGAAAGUUCCGAUAUUCGUGUUUCAAGACCAGCAAGGGAAAAGGACAUAGAUGGAGCAGAUGAUUUGCUUGGUGCAGAGCGUAUGCACUUGCUGAACUUGAAGAGGAUGUUAGAGGCACAGCUUAAAUUAGUACAACAACAACUACAAGUAUUAGAUGUAGCCAGAAAGCGCCUAGCAGCUACUAUACAGGAGCGCUCCCGUGUUCUUGACCUUGUAUGCCACGCCCUUUCCUCUGUAGCCAACACCACUGUCCAACACACCAACAAUGGCAGAAUGAGUGUAAACGGGUACAUGGGGUCCACACCACUGCCUCCAAGGGUUGACCCAAUUGGACCCUUCACACCCGAGGCAGAGAUUUCUUUGAAUGAAGCCAGCGAUGCCAGGAACCGCUCUGGCAUGCUUCGACGGGAGUUGAAGGAUCUGAUCGACCGCACAGAACAGCUUCAGCAGAGUGCACACAAGUCUGUCAAUGAUGGACUCACAAGGAAGAUAGGAGAGACUGCCACACUCAAGCAACACUUGCAAGUUGGUGCCGGUGAAAAUAGACACUCUAUCCACAGAGCUCAGAGAUGGUAUGAUGCCACAGAGAGGGCGUGGGGAUACACCAGGGGUCCAGUGACCACCUCUGACUUGACCACCCGUGAACGCCUUGACCGCCCUCUGGUCAAGAUCUACCAACGCCACCCAGGCACUCAGCUGCCAGAGGCACAACUUAUUGUAAAGGGAGGGGAUGGCCUUCUGGAUUCUCUAACAGCUACCAGCAGGAACAUUGGCUUGCUCAAGUUGGCUCAACUGAAGCUGAAAGAGGACAUUCGGGACAAGAAAAGUGCCAUGGACGUGGAUAGCAGCAUCUACAGACUGCGACGACGCAAAGCCAACCAUCGUUGGGUCAUGGGAGAGGCAUUUUGAACUCGUCGUUAGCUCAACAUACUUUUUUUUUUUUCGUAAAAAUUAAAGCCUUGCUUGUGUGCAUUGCUUUAUGCUUUAUGUUUUUAUUUAAAGGAAGGACCAAGUCUCAAAGGAUUACUCUUUAUUGUCACUAUCUGCAAAAGGAAGGCCAUCACAAAGAAAAAAAAUCAAACUGUAUAGAAUUCACCUGAUCAAUAUCUUUAAUAGCCUUCCCUUCACUGGCAAGAGCCUAUUUCACCAUCAAACACAUUAAAUGAGAAAGUUAUUUUUGACAAGAAGAAAUACAACAUCAAAACCAGUGCAAUGGCCAAAGAAAUUGGACUGCAUGCAGAUUUGUACAUAAAAAUAAUCAGAGAUUGACACUGCUGAGGAGACAAUCUGAGUUUUUUUUUAACAACUUGUCAAAAGUGACAGUUGAACAGCUAGAAGUAUUAUGCAUAAAUGUGAGACAUUCCAAGAUACUGUAUUUACUGAAUUGCUCAAAUAGAAAUUAGAUAAUGACAAGAACGGAGCUCAACUUAGAUGCUCCCUUAGCCAGUGGUAUAUUACUACUGAUGAGGACUGUGAUUUUCUGCUGUUUCGAUCUCUGCUUCAUAUUCUUGUAUAUCAUACAAUUUUUCCCACUUUAACUGUAACAUAUUUCAUUUUUUCAUUUUUUUUUUUUUUUUU